UGAAUCGACUCCUUGAUCCAGUCAUCACAAUGAAUGUGUCACCAUGGCAACAUAGCCGCAUCAUCAAAGCAUUUCUUUAUCAAGGGGAAUCCCAGAAGGCUUUGCAGUACAUACGAACAAAACAGCCAGCGAUGGAGACCCUGAAUGACGUCAAACUACACUUGUCAGUAUUGCUGACAAACGGGUUAACAGCUGAAGCAUUUCACUUCCAAAGACUCUAUCGAGAUCAGGAGAAUGCCGAAGAGCUGCUAUAUCACCUCUUUUUAGGAGCACAGCAAACUAAAACAGUUGAUAAUUUAUUGAAGCUCCCCCUAAGUCAGAUGGAGGAGUCAACGCUGAUCAGUUACUUAAAGGACAGCACGGAACCGAACUCGGUGGAACUUCUUGUCAUGCAUUAUUUACAACGGGCUCGAUACGUGGAGGCGAUUAGACUGAAUGAAACGUUGAAACACAGUCUUAUGAGUGAAACGGACAUUAAAGCACGAGAGAGAGCCUCAGCCCGGAAUGCCAUAGUUGAUAGUUACACCAAGUUACUACCAAGAGUUCAAAGAAAGCUGGCUUAUGCACCUGAACAGCCAAUGAGAAAACUGACUAUGGCCCGGAGGGAAGUCAUUAGACCCAAACCUUUGUCGACUGUUGUGAAUAGAAGUGGGAAAAGUCAGGUGAUAUCACAUGCUACAUUACUCAAUGCUGUACUGGAUAAGAUAUCUGAAGCCAGAUGUCAGACAAGAGAUGACGAAACUCCAAUCAAGAGAAGACUGUCUGAGAGUGCACCAAGCAUCACCGAAGCUGAUCCGUUUGUUGGUACUCCAGUUACUCCAAGAAGUAAAACAGUUCUAAGUGAUAAAAGAAGUUUAGUGUACCCCCAAAUAAUGUAUUCUGAGGAUAGCUCUCCGCAGAUGAAGCCAUCCUCCCCAAGAAUACAAAGACUAUAUUCAACUUCCCCACAACAGUCUGUAAAUCUGUCAUCACCGCCAAUGUUUAUGGAUCAGAUGAAGAGACGUGUAUCUGAUUUCACCAGUGCUGCAGCUCUUUCAUUGCUAUGUACACCGCCUGUGAGAAAGAGAACCCCGGGAUCAUUGAGAAAAACUAAAACUCCACAACCAACACCACAAUCAAUAUUAAAAGUCAGAAAGCCAAUAAGAACAACUUCUAGCCCUGGUGAAGAUAUCAGUGGACCCCCUAGUCCAGCACAGGAAAGUCCUGACAUAAAGCCCAAACAGCUUAGUGCUGUAUUUAAAGGAAAUAUCACUUUAGAAACGCCGCCUCGAUUCCAUCGUAAGAAGGCAAGCUUCGCUGUUACAGUUGAACCAAAACCUGAGACGCCAAGGCAUAUCAGAUUUGCAUUUGAUGACAAACAGGAUGUAUCCUUGAAGGACGAGAACAGUCUCAGUCUCCCAGAAGAUUCAGUGAUGCCAUCAGUUGAGAUUGCGAAUGAUUCAGAUGCCAUGGCAACAGAAGCUGAUAUUGUACUUAAUGAUAACUCUGACUUGGAGCUGAGACUUGAUGAGAGCCAAGAUGACUCUAUGGUGGUCGAUGACGAGGUAUCUUUUCAUCGCCGUGGUGAUACAUCUCAUCGUACAAUGGAUGACAGUGAGGAAAUGGAAGAGGAGUUAACACAAGAAUACCAGCCAGCUGCUGAAAUAAAAGAUACAGAAGAAGAUGUCAUUGAAGUCGAAGAGGUUCUUCACGCAGACGAAGAUGAAGUGGCAGUCUUGGAAGAUGAAGUGAGAGAGGUUUCCCCAGAAGAUGAAGAUGAAGAUGUUGUCAAGGAAGAUGUAGCGAUAGAGUUGGUGAUGGAAGACUCAAUUCCAGCACAAGAUGUUGGAGCUCCAUCACCAAAGAGAGAAUCUUCCCCUGAGAUGUUGAUUUUGGAUGAGUCUGACGAGGAGGAGGAGGAAGAGUUGCCACCACUGGUUGCUAGGGAAACAGAUGAAGAAAAGAAAUUUGAGGAAGAUGCUGAUAUUCUAGAAGUGCCAGAAGAAAGGAAAGUAGAAGAGAAGAGUACGACUGAUGAAAAAACACAGAAAGAGGACUUUGUGAUGGAACAACAAGACUUGCUAAGGGCAGAGGAACCUGUUUCUGAAGCAGUGGCAGUACAGUUUGAAAAGCAAGAAACUAGACCUGAAGCAGACACUGAAAUUUCACAAGAUGUAGUGGAAGUAGAGAGUGAAGGCACAGACCAAACUGAAGUCACAGUGCCAGAGGAACUGAUUGAAACUAGACCUGGGAAAGUUGAAGAUGAUGGAACAACUGAGGUAGAUGCUGAACAACGUUAUGCAACUACAGAUGAAACACUUACAGUCUUACCAGAAAAAACACCAGUUCUGCAACCACAAGAGCUUCCAGUAUCACCUGAAGCUGGUGAUGUCCCAGCUAUGAUGACAACGCCCAAAAGGCCACCCCCAAAGAUCCAAGCCACGGUUUUUGAGAUGGGUGUUCAAACCACACCUGGCUUAUCUCUCAGACAGCCACAUAGAAUGGGAACUCCUUCCUAUGCAGACGCUUUCAGAGCUUCUCUACGAUCUGAGAGAAGAAUUAGAAGGAGAAAACUUCCCGAUGGCACAGAAAAAGCGCCAGAUAGUAGUGUGCCUGAAGUGGAAGUGACAAUACCUGAAGUAUCAGAAACGGCUGCAUCAGUGUCAGAAACAGCACCUUGGGUGUCAGAACCUGAGACAUCUGUCUCAGAAACACCAGAUCCUGCUUCAACAGAUACAGAUACUGUCAUGGAAACUACCACUGAUGAUGCAAGUGUCAUGCAAACAACAGAAGAUGAGACAGGAGAAGAGUCUAAAACAGAGGAUGAUGUGGAAGAAAUGGCAUACACAUUCUCCGAACCUUUGACUCUGUCCAAAAAUGAAGAUUCAGUAGCUGCCACUCCAACGUCAGGCACAUCCUCUACGCCACGGUUUGUGUUUUCGCCGCCGUUAACACGCUCUCAACUCCGACGUAAACAGAGGUUGGAUACUCCAGAAAGUAGCGGUGCUGGGGACGGUUCAUCACCAGGGCUUCCAUUCCUCUCAGCAGAAAUGAAAGAAGGAAAGUCAUCAUCAGCUUCAAGAAGAGUUACACGAACACGAAAAUCCUCAAGACUGUCUUUACAGCCUCCCUCUGAUAGUCCUAUUAACUUCAUAUCACCUGUUGUGUCAGAACUUGCAUCUAAUGCAAACAAGCGAAAAACUAGAAGAAGUAUUCGAAUUGCGUCAUCCAAAAGUUUGUUAGAUGAACCGCUGGUGGAAGAAAAGACUACCACCACCAAAGUUCGCCGUGCCAAAACGAGAAGUGGGAAAUUAUGGUCUAAUGUUUAAUGUACAUGUAUCUGCUUCAGCUUUAAAAAAAACACAUAAAACUUGUGAUAACAUGAAGAGCAGAAAUUCAGUUCUGUGUGCAUUUAAUUCAUGGAGUUUACUUUACUAUUGCUUCUUGCAGCAAGCAAAAAAAAACUGCAAAGUCUUUGUCAAGCAUUUUUUUAUGCUUUCAGUCACAGCAACAGUCAAACAUUUCCAAUUAUCGGUAUGCAGAAAUGUUUUUUUAUACUAUCUUCUUGAUCCGCUGAAAAUACUAAUUGUCAACGUUUAUUUUCUACUCACUGUAUUG